GUGACGUCAUGACGCAUGGCGUCACGCUCUUGUCAUGUGACCUGUGUUGCGAGGAAGCGCAGUCCAUCAGAAAAUCCUCCCGAGAUGAAUCGGGCAAUUAUCAGCGCAGUAUUUGCGCUUUUAAGCGUUUUAUCAGGUGUUUUGGGGGACAGUUUGACCAUCUUACGCAGCCCGCACUAUGUGACCUUCCGGGAUGGACAGUGGCCUAUAUCAGGAGAAAAGAUCCCUGAUUUAGUCGCCCUAACCAUGGGCUUCUCCAUUCGAGAGGAUCUCGAUUGGCCAGGUCUAUCCAUUGGAUCGCUGUUCCAACGCCCUCGGGCCAACGCUCUGAUCGUCGUCCGUGGCAUGGACAGUCUGGACCUGCCCAAAAACCUUUCCUCUUACCCUCUUGAAAAUCCCGUUCCUUUCACUCUGGACAGCGUGGCAAACACCAUGCACACUCUUUUUGCAGACAGCACCCCUGUGGUCUUGCAGCUCGCCCCCAGUGAGGAGAGGCUGUAUAUGAUGGGAAUGGCCAACACUGUGUUUGAGGAUCUGCCCGUCACUCUGCAACAGAUUCGUGGUCGUCUGUCACAGGAUGGAUCCGUCCUCACUUCCCUUCCUCUCGUGUCUCUCAGCCGCAGUAACGAGGCUGAUCUUCUGUUCCUUUCUGAAGUUCAAGUGCUGUAUGACAUCUCAGCCUUGUUGCAGAAACACAAGCAUCUGGCUAAAGACCCGGCUCCUGACCUGUACUCUCUGGAGCUGGCGGGACUGGAGGAGAUCGCCCGCCGGUACGGCACAGACUCCCCUCAGUUCCUGGAUGCCACCAGGGUCCUGGCGUCUGCUCUGCAGAAGUUCGCAGAUGACAUCUCCAACAUCUACGGAAACAACGCGGUUGUGGAAGUCGUCACAGUGAAGUCGUUUGAAGCUCCUCUGACCAGGAAGUCACGCUCCAUCCUUGAGUCCAAACAGAUCAGUAACCCGGCUAGCCCCUACAACCUGGCGUACAAGUACAACUUUGAGUAUGCCGUCAUCUUCAAUAUCGUUCUCUGGCUGAUGAUCAUUUUAGCUUUAGCCGUCAUCGCCAUUUCAUACAACCUUUGGAACAUGGACCCAGGAUAUGACAGCAUCAUCUACAGGAUGACCAAUCAGAAGAUCCGAAUAGACUGACCGCUGACGUCGCCUCCCGUUCCGGUUAGUGUUGUGUGCAUUUGAUUGUGUGUGUUUUAUUUUUUUGUAUAUUGAUCUCAGUUCAUCUUGUAUUAUGGAUGUACGUCCCAGAAUUACUUAUUGUACAAAAUGCUUGGUCUUUAUGUCACAAUCAAACUUAAGAAUAAAGAUUAUUUAUUGAUGCUUGUCAUUCGAUGGAGAAUUGGGCUUCUUCAUUUUAAUAUCUUGUAGAUUUCCUAAAUAAAACAUAGUUACAAAUCUUCUGAAGAGUUGUGGUGUUGGGAUGUAAAGAAUUGAAAUUUAACUCUAUUUAUUGUUCGUUGUUUACUUGAUUGUGCUGUUUUUCUUUUGAAAUACUAGAUAUGGUGUAAUUACACAAUUUGUGUUUAAUUUGCUAUAAAUGUCAUUUUCAUUCAAUAUAAAUAUACUGUGGAAAAUAAGAGAUGUAUAAUAUUGCCGUUUGUUGUGUACAGAUGUUGCCUGAUAUUCAAGUCUAUGGUACGUUGUGUUGUAGUGUAACUCAAAUAAAACAAACAUCAGCCACUUAAA